CCGACACGUCUCUCACAGUCCCUCUAUUUCUCUCUUUCUUAUUACAAAUUCUUAAUUCUCCUCUGAUCAUAUUCCUCACCAGUCAGUUACACAACUCUCAAAACGUUAACGUAUUUCUCUAAAGAAUUUGCUCUUUCUCUCUUCUGAGUUAAACAUGGUCGAUGUUUCCCCGAGAGCGACCGGUUUGACGCCGGCUCACGCAGCCGGUCUCCGCCGUCUCUCAGCUCGCGCCGCCGCUCCACCUAAUCAGACGAUCAGAAACAGCGUUCAAUCUCUCUCUCCUUUCGCCGAUAGAGUAAUCAACCAUCUUACAAAUUCAGGUAUCGAUAUCCAACCGGGUCUCUCCGACGCUGAGUUUUCCCGAGUCGAAGCGGAGUUUGGUUUCACCUUCCCACCAGACCUCCGUGUUAUCCUCUCCACCGGUCUCUCCGUCGAUGCAGGGUUCCCAGAUUGGCGUUCUCCCAGAGCUCGUCUCCACCUCCGUGCCAUGAUCGAUCUCCCAAUCGCCGCUGUAUCGUUACAAAUCGCGAAAAACAGUCUCUGGUGCAAAUCUUGGGGCUUUAAACCACCGGACCCAGAGAAAGCCUUACUGCUGGCGAGAAACGCCUUAAAAAGAGUUCCUUUAUUGAUACCUGUCUUCGAUCACUGCUACAUUCCUUGUAACCCGUCUUUAGCGGGUAAUCCUAUCUUCUUCGUCGACGAGACUCGGAUCCUUUGCUGCGGGUCGGAUCUAUCCGAGUUCUUCGAGCGUGAAUCUGCUUUUCGCAGCUCCGAUUUCUUCCCAAGAAGACUCACCAAGCAGCGUUCGGUUAGCGAGCCAUCAGCUGGAUCAUCCUCGAAUUUCUCCAGUAGAAGCUUAGAUUCGGGUCGAGCUAACGGACCGGGUACGUCGAGAUGGGUGGAGUUUUGGAGUGACGCGGCGGUGGAUAGUUGCCGGAGAUACUCAUCCGCCUCAUCAUCAUCGUCUGCUUCUUCUUCCUCAUCUCAGUCCUCAUCUCCGGACAUUCCCAAAACCGAGACUCCGAGAUGGGUAAACCAGUACGUAAACCGGAUCGGUUCUAUUUUGAGAGGAGGCGGGUGGAGUGAAUCCGACAUCGACGAGAUUAUCCACGUGUCAGCAUCGGGUUUCCUUGCGGGUGAAAUGGUAAUUAUUGAUAAUCAAACGGUUCUUGAUGUGCUAUUACUGAAAGCGGGUCGGAUAUCGGAGUCGCUCCGUAAGUCCGGGUGGAGCUCCGAGGAAGUCUCGGACGCGCUUGGGUUUGAUUUUCUACCGGAGAAAGAGCGGAAACCGGCUAAUAAACUAUCGCCUGUGCUUGUCGAACGAUUCGAUACACUUGCUGAAUGGGUUUCCCGGUCCUGAAACACACAUUAUAUUGGAAUUAUUGGUGAUAUAUAUAUUACUGAAUAAAAUCUGAAAAUUGUACGUU